CUGUGCCAAUUAGCGAUGAUCACUUUUUUUACUGUUCUUCUAGCUUCUGGUGGGGUCCACACCCUUGUCACUUCAAGCUACACGUGGCAUCAUACGCGUCGCUAUCGUGAGCCGUACCGUUUCUUCUCUCUCUCUGUCACCCGUUUCUUCUUUAUUUCUUCUACUUUCUUCACUUCAAUAGCAGCUUUCAGAGAAGCGAAGCAGACCCUUUGUUCCUGUAAUCAGCAACAUCCUAAAGAACCAAGCUUUCUUCUACAAAGAGCUACGAGUCGCAAGGGCUACUCCAAGGUUCUAGAAUUUGUCGUGCGUUAUCCUUGUUUCUUGUGUGACAUCACUUGUACUUUGUUUGUUUGUAAAAGCAAGGGCAAAGUUUAUCUGGCUUUGGUGGAAAUGGUUGGCAAGGAGGGUUUGAGAACUGGGGUGUUGAACUCAAGUUUUGGGAAGCUUAUGAUGGUUGGUGGUGGUGAAAAUAGUGGGAAAGGAGUGAACUUGAAAGCUGGGGUGAUCACAGAUUGGAAGGACAUUCCAGUGGAGCUUUUGAUGCAAAUUUUGUCACUUGUUGAUGAUCAAACGGUGAUCAUAGCUUCUGAAGUUUGUCGUGGGUGGAGAGAGGCAAUUUGCUUUGGCCUUACCCGGUUGUCACUCUCAUGGUGUAGCAAGAACAUGAAUAACUUGGUCCUAUCUCUUGCUCCUAAAUUUACAAAGUUGCAAACUUUAAUCCUUCGUCAAGACAAACCUCAACUAGAGGACAAUGCUGUCGAGACUAUUGCAAAUUUCUGUCAUGACCUGCAAAUCCUGGACCUCAGCAAAAGUUUCAAGCUCACAGAUCGUUCAUUGUAUGCCAUAGCCCUAGGUUGUUGGCAUCUUACAAAACUGAACAUUAGUGGUUGUUCAGCCUUUAGUGACAGUGCUCUGGCUUACCUAGCCAGUUUAUGCAGAGAGCUGAAAGUUUUGAAUCUAUGUGGAUGUGUUAAAGCUGCAUCUGACACUGCAUUACAGGCAAUUGGACAUUACUGCAAUAAGUUACAGUCUUUGAACCUUGGAUGGUGUGAAAAUGUUAGUGAUGUUGGAGUAACGAGUUUGGCGUAUGGCUGCCCUGAUCUUCGAACACUUGACUUGUGUGGUUGUGUCCUUAUAACAGAUGAGAGUGUAAUUGCGUUGGCAAACAGUUGUCCUCAUCUUCGGUCCCUGGGACUGUACUACUGCCAAAACAUAACAGACAGAGCAAUGUAUUCAUUGGCACAAAGCAAAGUGAAGAACAGAAUGUGGGGUUCUGUGAAAGGUGGAAAUGAUGAUGAGGAUGGACUAAGGACUUUGAACAUCAGCCAAUGCACAGCACUCACUCCUUCUGCUGUGCAGGCUGUGUGUGAUUCAUCUCCUGCACUCCACACCUGUUCUGGAAGACACUCACUCAUCAUGAGUGGUUGUCUCAGUCUCACAUCUGUGCACUGUGCUUGUGCUGUCCAAGCACACCGUGCUAUCACCACCAUUCCCAAUACAGCACAUUGAACAACUUCCCCUUCUGCUGUGCAUUAGUUUAUGUUCAAUGCUGCAUCAUUUCAUGUUUCUUGUAAAACAGGUUCAACUUAGGAUAUUUUGGGUGUAAAAAUGGGGUUUGUUCCUAGCUUGGCUAUGAAUUAUUGGUGAGACAGACUCAUGUAAUUGCAUUCUUUUAUGUAAGGAUGCUUGUUUUUUCUUCUGCAAGUUGAGAAAUAUUAGGUAAGUUCAGUUUUACUUGAUUUAGAUUGGUCUAAAUAUGAAAUGCUUUUGUUAAGAUUGGAUUCUUUUUUCUUGUACUUCUACUUCUGAUUAUAAUUUUUAAUUAGAAAGAUGCUUUAAGACUUCUAUCU